AUGGUUUACGUCGCCGAUUGGGAAAAGUCCUCCUACCACAACUAUCCCCACUUUCCGCCUUAUUGCGUCAGAAGGGAUAUCCAGCCUGUCAGGCUUCCUUCAGUGGCAGAGAUCUUGAUGAAGAUCAAGGAAUACGAGUCUCAUCCACAAGGUCAGCAUAUGCACUGGAGUCCAGCAUCAACACUGCUGUUUGUUUCGGAUAUUUCAAACUCCACAGCAGCAACCACUCCACCUAGGGAAAUGGGAAAGGUACCCAACCACAACAACAUGGCUCAGCCUAUAGCCAGAACCAAUUCCUUUGAGUCUAUCAAGGACACCCUUCUUCCAUCACCAGUUCCCACCAACUUGAACAAUCUUGGAUCACCAACAAGAGUUUCAAGUGGAUCACCCACAAGAGUUUCAAGUGGAUCAAAUAGCGAAAAUUCUCCAAGUGGAAGUUCUCUUGAGUCUUCUCAAAGUGGCAGUUCAACUGGUUCAAUGGGUUCCUCAAGUCCAGCAUCAACAGACCUAAUUAAGAAGCCCGGCAAUUCGCCAAAGUACAACUCAAAACACCAUCUGCCAAAGAAACGCAGACUGUCCAAGAAGAAGUCCAAAUCCAAAGGCAGAGGCAAAAAGCCAAAUACGCAUUGUCACCAGUGUGGAUUGACGUCUACACCAGAAUGGAGAAGAGGACCCACAGGCUGUAGAUCCUUGUGCAAUGCGUGUGGUAUUUACUACAUGAAACUUCUUCGUCGUUUCACUGAAGACCAGGCAAACUCUAUAUUUGUGUUCAAGAAAAACACCAUCACUAUUUCGGAGAGAACGAUUCCCUCUUUUGACCAGAUGACCCAGAUGAGCGGAGAAGUUAAGCAGCAUAAUUGGCUGAUGUUCACCGGGCCUGCCAUAAUAAUAAAUAGCUAA